ACGGCGGGAAGGGUGGAUGUGAAAGUUAAACAAAAAGAAGAAGAACGAGAACGAAGAAUCUUACCGACAGCUAAUGAAACUUUGUAUAUUUGUAAACAAAGGAAAAUGUGGAUAUUGUUAUUAUAAUUUUUAAACAAAAUAAAUAAUUCAAUAUGAGCUUAACUAAAAGUCACCACGAGCAAUUGGAAUUAUGUACUACCAGGCCGGCAUACAGACAAGGACGAAAAUUAACUGCAGUCAAGGUUUACACAAUUAAUCAGGAAUCCCAACAUCUCUACAUCUAUGGUGUACCUUCACUCAAAUUACAUCAUGAGCUAAAAACUAAAUGUCUUAGGUAUGGAAAAGUGGCAUCUAUAGCUGUAGUAGAAGACGCAAACAAUGUUCCCUUUACUGAAUGUUACCAUAUCGAGUAUAGCAGAAUACAGUCAGCAAGGAUAGCUAAACGGUUAUUAGAUGCUAUAUCCUUUUAUGGUGGGAUUCUACAUGUGUGUUACGCUCCGGAGUGUGAAACAGUUUCACAAACAAAAGCUAAAUUGUUACAGAGGAAAAAGGAUGUCCUAUUGAGGUUACCAAAAAGUGAGAAUGAGACAACUUGAUUAGAACCUUUUCUACUGCAGAGCUAGUUUUCUAUCAAGCAUUUACAGAUUUAGCAUAAAGGUAUAAAAAAGAGUGUGUGUAACGUAAGAAGUUAUACAUCUAUUAUUAUGAUUUCAACGAAAUAAAUAUAAUUUAAACAGUUUAA